AUGAACAACCUUGCAACAGACUCUAAGCCAACUGAAGAUGCUACAACGAGAGUAGUCACGUUUCACCCUUUCCAUCUCCUUUCCCAUGUGGGAAAGGCCAUUAACACUGCUUUGCCGGAUCUUAAAGUGUCCACCCCGUAUGAAACAACUUGGCAGAAAUGCCUUGAAACGGUUUCCGGGAGUCUUACUGGAUUGGACAGAAAGAUAUCCAUCGACCCCCCAAUCCCCGCCCUAAGGAAACGUGAUCUCAGGAACCAAGCUCUUCAACAAGUACAGGCACAGGCAUCAUUCGACGCCAGCACGAGCCUUACCAAGCCCAUUCGACUUCAAUAUGACACGAACCAAGUCCCCCUACCCACUCUACCAUCGCCACAAAUGAAACAGCGUGCGAAAGAGAAUGCCCAGCCUUUCCUGCCGUACAAAGAACCAUAUCCAGUUGUGAUCCCAGCGGCUCUUGAAUCGCAAAAUUUAGCCACAAUAACUGCGAAGGUGAUCCUCGAAGGUGUAGACGAUAGUUCCAAGGUAGAGACGUUCGAAAAAGCUGUAAUGCUGUUUAAUACUGGCGCCCAACAAACCAUCAUUUCAGCGGACGUAUUGUCUGCAGGAUUUCGCGAUUAUCUGGAAAACGAUCCUAUACAUAAUCCUUAUCGGCUAGAAGGGGGUUUGGGUUGUCGGGUGCAGUGUACCGCUCACAUUGAGUUUACCAAUAAUUACAUCCGUCUUUGCACUGUUGCUCUUGUCGUUGACAGAAGUGCUAUCCCCAAUACUCGGUCAGGAAUAAUAUUUGGCCAGAAGGGCUGCCUAGAUUCCAUCUGUUAUAAGAGUGUGCCAGCAAAAUUUUUGCAGGGUCAGGGUGAUGACGUUUGGGGGGAUAUAAUCGUGGACAGAUACAUCGAUCCUGAUGGGGAAAUAGUAAUGUGUUAG